AUGGGUCGUCGUCCUGCUCGUUGUUAUCGUUACUGCAAAAACAAGCCAUAUCCCAAAAGCCGAUACUGCCGUGGUGUCCCUGAUCCAAAGAUCAGGAUAUAUGACCUAGGUCGCAAAAAGGCACACGUUGAUGACUUUCCACUUUGCAUUCAUUUGGUGUCAAAUGAAUACGAACAGCUAUCAUCUGAAGCCUUGGAAGCCGGUCGUAUCUGUGCCAACAAGUACAUUGUAAAGAAUGCUGGCAAAGACUCAUUCCAUAUGCGUGUGCGAGUACAUCCUUUCCACGUUAUUCGUAUCAACAAAAUGUUGUCGUGUGCAGGUGCCGAUCGAUUACAACAAGGUAUGCGUGGAGCAUUUGGCAAACCACAAGGCCUUGUGGCUCGAGUCAAUAUUGGUCAAGUUAUCUUUUCCAUUCGCACCAAGGAUAGCAACAAGGCGGUAGUCAUGGAAGCAUUAAGGCGGUCAAAGUACAAGUUCCCAGGACAGCAAAAGAUCAUCAUCUCCAACAAGUGGGGUUUCACACCACUCAAGCGUGAUGAAUACCUCAAGGCUCGUUCCGAAGGCAAGCUUCAACCUGAUGGAUCCUAUGUCAAGUUUGUGCCUCAAAAGGGUGAACUCGAUAGCUAUUUCCGGGCCGUUGGCCGUGUUUAG